UUCAUGAACACUCAAUUCCUUAAACCUCCUAUUGAAUGUUGCGGCCGAUCGUUUUCAUCCGACCCCUGAUAAGAAAAGUGUUACAAUGAAAAGAGAUGCUUUAUAUGCAGUUCCACAGAAGGGAAGGGAGGCGGAGCCGAUGUGUCCAGCAACUGCGGUGAAGCGAGCUAGGGCUUCUAACGACAAAAAGGAUCGAAGAAUUCGAGUUCUCAAACAAGGCGGUUCAGCAAAUGGAGCUUCUUGUUUUAACCACAUUGGAUGGGAGAAUGUGUUCAAUUACUCCAUUUCGUUUUAUCGGGCUGCUGCAACUUCACUGGCAGGCAUGCUGAUGGUUCAUUGCCAGUUGAAGAUUUUAAUCUUGAGUUGGAGAAUCAAAGCGGAGAGAAGGUGAAGUUGGGAACCAAAGACGAUCAACGAUGUUGGGAAGGGAGCUAUAGCAAGUGAGAUCUUGCUUUAGAAAUCUCUGUGUCUGUCAUCAUUUUAGAGGACAUUGUACAUAAAACAAGUAUGGUACGUUAAAGUUAUUUAGGUAUUCAAGAUUUUUUUAUUUAAGUAAAAUUGUUGUUACACUAAUUAGUAUAUUAAGCAUAUGCAUUUUUUUUGCAUUUUUCG